CCAACAAUGAUGAUCAUCACCAAUAUGUUGGAAAUAAUGAUAAAUCAUCAAUGACCUCCGCGUCGACAAUCAACGCACUGACCACUAAAUCAUUGUCUAAUGAAACAAUCAAUUCAUCAUUUUCGACAACAAUGGCCUCAAACAAAUGGCUUCUGGCCAAUAGUGACCCGUCGGCCAACUUGUAUACCAUACCCGGUUGUAUAGCUCUGGCCGAUAUGAUGGGCGACGGUGACUAUAAGCUAUUGAUUGCCGAUUUAGGUUUUAGCGGUCUUAACGGCGGUGGUGGUGGCGGCAGCGGUAAACCUAAGCUCCGGGUCUAUCGGGGAACAACAUUGCACACCGAAAGUACACUCGUAGACAUACCAUCCGGUAUUGCCGUAUUCUAUACUGAAGGCCAGGAUCCACAAUCACCGGCCAUUGCCGUAGCUUCCGGUUCCUAUCUAUAUGUCUAUAAAAAUAUGAAACCUUUCUACAAGUUUUGUUUGCCCACCCAUGAGGUAAACCCAACCGAAAUGGAUGCCUGGCUUCAGGCUAAAGACCAGAAGAUUGACGCCCAGACACUCAAAGAUCUACUAAACAAUAUACGUCUGGAAACUGGCGAUACAGGUCUGACAUCCCGUUCUCAGGCAUUGAUUUCGAUGACCACUGACGACUCUGAACAGAUGGACCAGUUUGUCCAACUAUACAGAGAUCAGAUGAUUCAUUUGAAAAGGCAAACAGUAAUCACUUGUUUGUCGACAAUCAAGAAGACAGUUAACGACGAAAAUGCGGUCAGUUGUCUGAUAAUUGGUACCGAAAAUCGGGAUAUCUAUAUACUAGAGCCGGACGCGUUCACCAUUUUGGUGUCGGCAACUCUACCGAGUGCACCGGUAUUUAUUGAAUCCAAUGGCCUGUUUGAUGUGGAAUUUCGGCUACUGGUGUCCUGUCGUGAUGCACACAUCUAUACCAUAAAACGUGGCUACAAAUCUGGCCGACUGUGUGUCCAACUAAGCUCACAGCCGGUAGGUUUGGUCAAAAUGAACAAUAACAUAGUGGUGGCCACUAUGAACAAAACGUUAAGCACAUUUACAACUAAAGGCAACUGUUUGUGGAGCUGUGAACAGCCGGCAAUGAUUACGGCCAUAGAGGCCAUCGAUGUCGAGCGCCAGAGUCUGCGGCUGAUUGCCGUAGCACUUGACUGCAAACAAGUACACAUCUAUCAGGACCGACACAAAGUCGAUAUACUGGACACCGACGACACCAUAGUGGCCAUGAAAUAUGGCCGUUUCGGUCGCGAAGAUAGUACACUGGUAAUGGUUGGCCGUGCAGGCAGUUUGACCAUUAAAAUCUUGAAACGUACGGCCAAGUUUACGUUCAAAGAGUUUAUUGAGGCACCUGGUGGUGGUGGCCAGGGAGGUGGCUAUAAUUCCAAGCUUAGUAUACCAAAAAAAACUAAACUGUUUGUCGAUCAAACAAUGAGGGAAAGGGAACAGUCUAUUGCUAUUCACCGGACAUUUCAACACGACUUAUAUCGGCUUAAGCUGAUGGCCGCCCGUUCCUAUGUGAAGGCCAUCUCUACCAGUCUUAAUCCUAUGUCAUCAAACGCUAUCGAUCCGCUUAAACUGUCGGCACAGGUUCACGGUUUGGGUCCCAUAUUUAGGCUAAUACUUGAACUACAAAAUACAUCGGCAGACACGCCAUCAAUAAAUUUAUUAAUGACUUUUCAAUGCGAUCUACGAAUCUAUUCAUUAGACCGAUCGGUAAUUAGGGUACCAUUUCUGGCUCCGGGCAUAAUAUAUCCGUUUGCCACUCGGGUCGAGUGUGUUAGCAAAAUGAAUAUUUCCGAUAUUAUUAAAGUGCUUGUGGUCAGGGAUGACGAAAUAGUGCCCUUAAUAACAGCUGUGAUUAAUAUGCCGGCCAGUGAGGCACCAAUUGAUUCAUAAUUUUAAAAAAAAUUGUUAUUUUAAUUAUAAUUAGUUAUAAAUA